UAUACAUCUCCACCCCCGCAUAAUCAUUCAUUUUCCACACCGAAAACAAAUUAACAAAAUCAUCAAUCGAACCCGCGAUUGCUCCGAUCAUCAACCGAUACGAGAUGUCCGGCGAUUUGGUGUUGAACUCGGUGUGCUGCGUGUGCAAAACGAUGGCGGAAUUGUACGGAAGCAACUGUAAGCACUUGACUCUAUGUGUCUCUUGUGGAAGAUCGAAGGCUGAGAAGGGCGCCAAGUGUACCGAGUGCGGCGCGCCCAUCACUCGCUUGAUUAGGGAAUAUAACGUGCGGGCCUGCUCUAGCACCGACAAGAAUUAUUUCAUUGGUAGAUUUGUGAGUGGUUUACCAAAUUUUUCAAAGAAAAAGAACUCUGAGAAAUGGUCUAUUCAAAAGGAAGGGGUGCAGGGGCGCCAACUCAGUGAUGCGUUGAAGGAGAAAUACAAGAACAGACCUUGGCUCCUAGAGGAUGAAACAGGCCAAUUUCAGUACCAUGGUGUGCUUGAGGGCGCACCCUCAGCAACAUACUACCUACUAAUGCUGCAAGGGAAAGAAUUUGUUGCAAUUCCAGCUGGAUCAUGGUACAAUUUCAACAAAGUCGCACAGUACAAGCAGCUUACUCUGGAAGAAGCGGAAGAGAAAAUGAAAAAUAGACGGAAGACAGCAGAUGGAUAUGAAAGAUGGAUGAUGAAAGCUGCAAACAAUGGGGCUGCUGCUUUUGGUGAAGUCGAGAAGUUUGAUGACAAAGAAAGUGGAGGUGGUGGGGGAAGAGGACGUAAAAAAACUACAGGUGAUGAUGAGGACGAAGCUAAUGUCUCGGACAAGGGAGAGGAGGAUGAAGAAGAAGAGUCCGCAAGGAAAAAUAGACUCGGGCUUAACAGGAAAGGUGGUGGUGGUGAUGAUGAUGAAGAAGGUCCAAGAGGAGGUGACUUUGAUUUUGAUGAUGAUGAUAUUGAAAAAGGGGAUGACUGGGAGCAUGAAGAAAUAUUCACAGAUGACGAUGAACGUGUAGAAAAUGAUCCUGAGGAGCGGGAAGAUUUGGGCCCUGAAAUUCCAGCACCUCCAGAAAUUAAGCAGGAUGAAGAGGAUGAAGAAGGUGAAGAAAAGGAGGGUGGAUUGAGCAACUCCGGUAAAGAGUUGAAGAAAUUGCUGGGACGAACAAAUGGGCUAAAUGAAUCUGAUGCAGAGGAUGAUGACGACGAUGAUGACGAUGAUGAGGAAGAUGAAAUUUUGGCUUCCCCUGUACUAGCUCCAAAGCAGAAGGAUGCUCCCAAAGAAGAACCUGUUGAUAACAGUCCUUUGAAACCUAUUUCUGCAGCAUCUGCCCGCGCCUCUUCAGCUUCUAAGUCUGCAAAGGGAAAGAGGAAGGUUUCUACUGAUGAUGCCAAGGCAGCUGCAGCUGUACCCUCCAAAAAAGCAAAGACAGAAAAUGAUGUCAAACCUGUGAAGGAAGAACCAGUCUCUGCUUCAAAAAAGAAUGUGGCUAAAAAAGGUGCAUCAUCGGUACCCGUUGAAUCUGGGUCAGCAGUAGCUGGACAACCUGUCACGGAAGAUGAAAUCAGGGCCGUUUUGACACAGGAAAAGCCUGUGACCACACAGGAUCUUGUUGCCAAAUUCAAAUCUAGACUAAGAUCCAGAGAGGACAAAGAUGCUUUUGCUGCUAUACUAAGGAGAAUUUCAAAGAUACAGAAAACCACCAACGGAAGAAGCUUUGUAGUGUUGAGAGAAAUGAAACCUGAUGCUUAGCGGUGCCACGCCUAGAUUUUAAACUCGUAUUUCAAUAAGUUUAAAUUCUGCUGUAGUCUUGUACUAUUGUCAACUAUUUUUGGGUUCACUGCAGGUUCAUUUCCCCUUUACUGAACUUGGGAUAUAGUAAAAAAAGAAGAAGUUAAAUUAGGGUUGCGUAAAA